AUGAAGAAGUGUGCUUUUGGGGUUGACAAAGUGGUGUUCUUAGGUUUUGUGGUGAGUGUCCAUGGUGUUGAGGUUGAUGAAGAAAAGGUGGAAUCCAUUAUAACUUGGCCAACUCCCAAAAAUGCAACCGAUGUGAGGAGUUUCCAUGGGUUGGCAAGUUUCUAUAGAAUAUUUGUGAAGGGCUUUAGUACAAUUGCUUCCACAAUGACCGAAUUGAUUAAAAAGGAGGUUCCUUUUGUGUGGGGGGAUGAGAAAGAAAAGGUAUUCCAAGAAUUGAAGUCUUUAUUGAGUUCGACACCCUUGUUACAAUUGCCAAAUUUUGAGAUGACCUUUGAAGUAGAGUGUGAUGCUUUGAAGUAG